GGCCGUAAGUGGCGGGCGGAAGCGGCCCUAGAAGCCCGCCGUAAACGGCUCCCUUGCGCCACUUCCGGCCGGCUUCUGCAGACGGCGCUGGUGGUCGAUCGUGUGGCGCCGGAGGACGUUCCCCGCGGCCGGAGCCAUGGAGAUGCCGCUGCCCCCAGAUGACCAGGAGCUUCGAAAUGUCAUCGACAAGCUCGCCCAGUUCGUGGCUCGCAAUGGGCCCGAGUUUGAGAAGAUGACUAUGGAGAAGCAGAAAGACAACCCCAAAUUCUCGUUUCUGUUCGGAGGCGAAUUCUACAGUUACUACAAGUGCAAGCUGGCGCUGGAGCAGCAGCAGCUCAUCUGCAAGCAGCAGACCCCAGAGCUGGAGCCAGCUGCCGCCAUGCCGCCCCUGCCACAGCCCCCGCUGGCCCCCGCCGCGCCCAUCCCGCCGGCCCAGGGCGCACCGUCCAUGGACGAGCUCAUCCAGCAGAGCCAGUGGAACCUCCAGCAGCAGGAGCAGCACUUGCUGGCGCUCAGACAGGAGCAAGUGACAGCAGCUGUGGCCCACGCGGUGGAACAGCAGAUGCAGAAGCUUCUAGAGGAGACCCAACUAGACAUGAACGAGUUUGACAACCUGCUACAGCCCAUCAUCGACACGUGCACCAAGGACGCCAUCUCGGCCGGGAAGAACUGGAUGUUCAGCAAUGCCAAGUCCCCGCCGCACUGUGAGCUGAUGGCCGGCCACCUCCGGAACCGCAUCACGGCUGACGGGGCGCACUUUGAGCUGCGGCUGCACCUCAUCUACCUGAUCAACGACGUGCUGCACCACUGCCAGCGCAAGCAGGCCCGGGAGCUGCUGGCCGCCCUGCAGAAAGUCGUGGUGCCCAUCUACUGCACCAGCUUCCUGGCCGUGGAGGAAGAUAAACAGCAGAAGAUCGCCCGGCUCCUGCAGCUCUGGGAGAAAAACGGCUACUUUGAUGACUCCAUCAUUCAGCAGCUACAGAGCCCGGCCCUGGGGCUUGGUCAGUACCAGGCCACCCUCAUCAACGAGUACUCCUCGGUGGUCCAGCCAGUGCAGCUGGCCUUCCAGCAGCAGAUCCAGACCCUCAAGACGCAGCACGAGGAGUUCGUCACCAGCCUGGCCCAGCAGCAGCAGCAGCAACAGCAGCAGCAGCAGCAGCUCCAGAUGCCGCAGAUGGAGGCUGAAGUCAAGGCCACGCCUCCACCGCCUGCCCCGCCCCCGGCCCCAGCACCUGCCCCUGCCAUCCCGCCCACCACCCAGCCCGAUGACAGCAAGCCUCCCAUCCAGAUGCCCGGCUCUUCAGAGUACGAAGCCCCAGGAGGGGUCCAGGAUCCCGCAGCCGCCGGCCCCCGGGGCCCUGGGCCGCACGACCAGAUCCCACCGAAUAAGCCCCCUUGGUUUGACCAGCCUCACCCCGUGGCUCCUUGGGGCCAGCAGCAGAGCACUGAGGCACAGCCCCUGGCCUUCCCAGACGCGACUUCCCCCUUGACCAUGGGGCUUGGUUGGCUUUGCGGCGUGACCUUUCCAGAAAUGGGCCCCCCUCACCACCACCCUGGCCAUCGCAUGCCUCAUCCUGGUAUCAACGAGCACCCGCCCUGGGCUGGACCCCAGCACCCCGACUUCGGCCCUCCCCCCCACGGCUUCAACGGGCAGCCCCCACACAUGCGGCGACAGGGCCCGCCCCACAUCAACCACGAUGACCCCAGCCUGGUCCCCAACGUGCCCUAUUUCGAUCUCCCUGCCGGGCUGAUGGCCCCCCUCGUGAAGCUGGAAGAUCACGAGUACAAGCCUUUGGACCCUAAAGACAUCCGCCUUCCACCCCCCAUGCCGCCCAGCGAGAGGCUGCUGGCUGCGGUGGAGGCCUUCUACAGCCCCCCAUCCCACGACAGACCCAGGAACAGUGAAGGCUGGGAGCAGAACGGCCUCUAUGAGUUCUUCCGAGCAAAAAUGCGGGCCCGGCGGAGGAAAGGCCAGGAGAAGAGGAACAGUGGACCCUCGAGGUCUCGGAGCAGAUCCAAGAGUCGAGGGCGUUCUUCCUCCCGCUCCAACUCAAGAUCCUCCAAGUCUUCAGGCUCCUACUCAAGGUCAAGGUCGCGCUCCUGCUCCCGCUCCUACUCCCGCUCCAGAUCCAGAAGUCGGAGCAGGUCACGCUCCUCCAGAAGCCGCUCCCGGUCCCAGUCACGGUCCCGGUCCAAGUCGUACUCCCCAGGAAGAAGACGCCGGUCACGGUCCAGGAGCCCCACCCCGCCUUCCUCUGCUGGUCUGGGUUCUAAUUCGGCACCUCCCAUCCCUGACUCAAGACUCGGAGAAGAGAACAAAGGCCAUCAGAUGCUGGUGAAGAUGGGCUGGAGUGGCUCUGGCGGCCUCGGCGCGAAGGAGCAAGGGAUCCAGGACCCCAUCAAGGGCGGGGACGUCCGGGAUAAGUGGGACCAGUAUAAAGGCGUGGGCGUGGCCCUGGACGACCCCUACGAGAACUACCGCAGGAACAAGAGCUACUCCUUCAUUGCCCGCAUGAAGGCCAGGGACGAGUGUAAGUAGGCGCCCAUGCCGGGAAGCGCCGUGCCGGUGGCCAGCGGUGCCGGCCGUGGGACCUUCCUGGCUGACUGGCAGUGGAAGAUCACAGUGACAGUUCAGUUCUCACACCGUCUCCACUUGUGGAGAGCCACAGGAAGAGAAGGAAGACCAGCGCAUGCCCAAUGGGAACACCAUGCUCCAUGGCGUGGAGGGCACGGGCGCCACCCACAGACCGCACCAGGAGGCGCUACAGCCACCAGGGCCCCAGGCUUGUUUCCCUGUACAGUGAAGCAAGAAACACAAGACCCUCCGCCCCGAGUAAGAAUUCUUCACCCAUGAAGGGAUGGAUGUGCAUCUGCCCUACGUCAGAUUGAAGCCUCCUCUUAGGCUCCAGCAGGAGCAUGUGCGGGAGGGGUCGGCCUGGGCUGGGCCAGAGCCGGCGCCCCAGCUCUGUCCUCCAGCUCCCACCGCCCACCAACCCUGACCCGGUUUCCCCUCGGCUGUGUAGGGACAAAGCUGAGGCCCAGUGCCAUGACUGCCCGCAGAUUGAAAAACAGAAACACGUUUUUGACUUGACUUGCAAAGUGAAGCAGGUUUUCAUUUUUACUCCCCUCGGUUUAGUUUUAAAAAGAAUAUUGACCUGAGAGGGGGCCCAGUGAGAUUCUGAAACCCAAUUCUUCGAAGGCGUACUGGCCCUUAGUUCAGUUAUUUUAGUUGUUUAAGUUGAUAUUUUUUUUUCUGGAAUGUAGCCAUUUGCUGUUAUCUGGGAAACAAGAUUCUAACAGGAAACCAGCCUAAGACACUUCAGGUCGAGCGCUCCCUUGGAGUCCGUGCCCGUCGCAUCCCCUGCUUGAGUUUCGCACUUGGAAGAACCCUGCACCGGCUGGCGUGUGCUAUGGCCCCGUCCCAUCCAGAGCGUGGAGCCCGACCCCAGCCAGCACCUGCCGCUCCGGCAUUUCAUUUCACACCCCUGAAAGGAGGGAAGGCCAGGAGGGAGCCGCCCCUGUGGAAGCUGGUGGGCAACUGCUGGGAAUCGGCCACACGUGGUGUCCGUGGGCAGCCUGGCGCAAUGCCAUUCAUUUGUACAAAAACAUUUUUGAAAAAUUUUCAAUAAGAUGCGAAAUCCUCCAACUUUUCAACCCAACGUGAUGAAUAUUUGAUUUUGUUCUAGAUUUCCUGUAGCUGUGAAUUGUUAAAAUGUAUGAUUCAGGAUAAGACGUAAACACGUGCUGUUAGUAAUUUCUUGUGGAUUUCAUUGUUUUGCCUUCAAAUAAAGCCUUUUUUUAAAGACCUUU